CAUUUUCCUAACUUUCUCAAUAAUUAAUUUUUAUGAAAAUUCUAGCCUGCUUUUAAAUUCGGGUUGCUUUGGAAAGAGGAAUGGCGAAGCUUUUUUUAUGUGUGGGUUGUUAACUCCUACCCAUCAACCCAGUGACAUUUUUAUUUGUGGUGUUUAUGAUUGUUGUUGAUGUGAAGAAAAUCUAGGAAGAAAGUAAUUAAUUUUUGAAGAUGAAUAAACGAAGGUAUGGAAGAAGAAAAGAAUGAGAUAGCAAUAUGUUACUAAAUGGAAAAAGGAAGAAGAAGAAGCAUAGAGAGUGACUUGAUUUAUUUUUUGGGUUUGGUUUGAAUCAUUGGAUUUAAUAGGCACAAUGUUCUGAUUGGUAAAUAGCUAUUUUGCUAUUUGGUUUGAUUACUCCAAGUUGAGUGGAAAUCAAGAUGACUGAUUCCGAAUUCACAUCCCAAAUAAUGUGGGUUUGUUGAGAUGGAUUGUGCCACUCCCAUGCUUCUUUUGUGUGCUGGAGUAGUGGACAUGGAUGCACUUUCUCCAAAGCAUCUAAUAUUUGCGACUCAGAAAAGCCUCAACUCCAAGAGGAAAUCAUUGAACUCUAUUUUGUCUAGGUCGAUUUGUUCUCGGUACCCAAUUUCUCGAUCUCGAAUUCAGGCAAAGCGUGCUAAUUUUCAAGAUUUUCAGGAUUAUGCAAAACCGUCACAUCUUAUACAAACCUCCGAAUUGGAGGUUUGCACAAAAGCUUCAAUUGAGAAAAUCCUAUCAUCAUUGAAGGAAAAUGAAUCUCAGGCCUUGUUCAAGGUUGAUAUAAGCACUAGCAAGCUCUAUGGGUCAAGUCUAAGUGACAUGAAUGCUGGUGUUCUCCUGUGUUUGAUAGAUGAAAAGGGUAAUUCCAUAUUACAGAGAAUAUCUACAAGUUCGGUGACAGAUCUUGGCCAUUCUAAAGAAAAUGAUAUUUUGAUUGGUCCUGAAAUUCUCUUGUUUCAGAGAGGUUCUUUUGAUGAGUUUGUCUUCAAGGGCCCUAAAUUGGGUCGGUUAGAAGCUGUUUGGCUCAGCGUCGAUUCAGGUCAGUGGAGAGUAGGUAGUCUAAGCUUGUAUGUCAUAUCACAGUUAAAAUAUGAAGGGGAAGAGCUUCAAUACAUGGGUCUCAAGUUUGAAUUCCCAGCUGAGGAUAUAUUGCUUGGGGAGGGCAGUGACAAAUCAAUGGUAGAACUUAGACCUUGUCUCGUAUCAGAAGUGCCUGAAAUUGAACCCUUCUCCUUCCUGACCAAAAACUCGAAUGUAGCCACCAUUGACAGUAUAUCCAAUGAGGAAAGCAUGAAAGAAUAUGCAGAGUUGAAGCUCUCUUUACUUGCUUAUGAUGCGCUGUUGAUCCUUGCUGGCUCAUCUGUUUCAUUCUUCUUAGAUGGUGAAGAUGCUGGUCUUGCAUUCUUAGCUGGUGGUGUUCUUGGGUUCUUGUAUCUGCUGCUCUUACAAAGAUCCGUGGACGAGUUACCUGCUCCAACGCCAAAUUCUGAAACAAGUGGAAAUGAAGAUCGACGAUACAAAGGCUCUCUAUCAGUUUUGGCACUGGCAAUUGGAUUUUCCAUUUUUAUAGUUAAGUUGAACUUGGGAGCUUCAACCAUGAUGUUGUCGCCUAAAGAAGUGGUGAUAGGAAUGCUGGGAUUUCUUGCAUGUAAAGUUGCAGUCGUUUUGGGUGCAGUAAAGCCAAUGGCACUGGAUCGGAAGGUAAAUGAAUGAACACGAAUGUUCUUGAUUGGAACGUUAUAGUGUAUUCUUCAAGAUAGCAAGGUAGAAUGUGUAACAAUUCAAAGAAAAUAGAAAAAAUAAAAGUAAAAGAAAGAAGAAAGAAACUGACCAACAUAUUGUAGGAGAAGAACAAUUUAGAAAGUUAUGUAUAUAAUAUAGUUGGAAAUAAAGCUUCUACAUUUGAUUUGGUGUAUGCUUUGCCUGGAUUGGAAUAUUUAAAGGAUGAAAGUUGGUUUGAUUGA